AUGUCGUCCAACUCUGCCACUGAAGCCCUCUUGAAUUGUCCCAGUAUCCCCUUGCUGGAUGGGACGGCUCAUCCUGCCAUUGGCUUUGGCACGUACAAAGUGGGAUUUUUGCCGGCCAGUGCUUCCUCGGCAGUUUCAGGUGCCAGCAAAGCUGAUGAUAAAGACGAACGAAGUGCCAAGGACUGCGUCUUGGAUGCCUUGAAAGUGGGAUACAGGUUCUUGGAAUGUGCGGAAUUCUACGGAAAUGAAGCUCAAGUGGGAGCAGCCAUCAAAGAGUCCGGAAUCCCUCGCAAAGACCUUUUCUUGUGCAGCAAGGUAUGGACUACCACCAUUGAAAAAGGACCAGAGGCGAUCAAGGCACAGUUCGAAAAAACACUACAAGAUUUGGGCACCGACUAUCUAGAUUUGUACCUCGUUCACUGGCCCGUGCCAAAUCAUCACGUGCAAGCCUACAAAACACUGGAGGAGUUGCAAAAGGCAGGAAAAAUCAAAGGCAUUGGCGUUUCCAACUACGCCGUACAAGAUAUUCAAGAGCUCAUCGAUUCACCCGAUAUUGAUCAAGUCCCACUGGUCAAUCAAAUUGAAAUAAAUCCAUUCCUAUACCGCAAAAACACCAUUCAAUAUUGUCAAGACAAGGGCAUUGUCCUUCAAUCCUACCGAUCGCUACGAGAUGGAAAAGCCAUGGAUCAUCCCACGCUCGUAGAAAUCGCCAACAAGUACCAAAAGUCCGUCGCACAAAUCUUGGGCCGGUGGUGUGUGCAAAAGGGAUUCGUAUACGUACCCAAAUCCGUCAAGACCGAACGCAUGAUUGAAAAUGGACAAGUUUUUGAUUUUGAACUCGCUCCAGACGAUAUGAACACCUUGGAUGGAUUGACCACAGACGACAAUCUACAAGCAUUCUUGGGACUCUACCGAAAAUGUGUCAAUCGGGAUACCAGCAAGGAUGGAACUAUGGAUGGUGUCAAAAUGGACAUUACCAUGGAUUAA